AUGGUGGGACUUCAAGCUUGGCCUGCGGAGGUUAAAUUGCCCAACUCUGUGCAAAGCCCCAAAUCCUCCAGAAAGCCGGAGCCUGUGACGCCGAAGCAGCGGAAGCAGGCGGCUUAUGCGUCCUCCAUGUCCUUUGAUUCUGGGUCCUUGACGGCAGACCACAAGAAUCCUCAGGACCCAAGCAGGCAAUUGCAAGUGAGCACGGACACUGAAAAGGCGAGGGGCCCGCCGCUGAAAGUGAGAGUCUCCAUCCCAAGCCCCAGGGACUGCAAGGUGUCACCUGACGGUGAUGAGCAAAGUACCGUGAGGAUCCCAAAAGAUCCUAAAGCUACAGACCAACUUGGAUUGGCAAAAACAUGCCAUUUUCAGUUUCAUGUGGCGUAUUUGCAAGAUUUUGCAAGAGGCAGUGGAGUGGUGCAAAUUACAGAUGGCUCGCCGAAAAAGGGAGAGAGUCGCUCUCCGAAGAAGAAGGCCUCGGUGCAGUUCUUUGUGGAGGAUGAGCCAGCUGAAGUCAUGGCCAACAGAGUGGAUCUGAAAACUGCCAGCGAGUACUGGACGCAGAGCACCAACAUGAGCUCCUUGGAUCCGCGGGGGGAGCUGAUCCGAAACAAGGAGGCAAGAGACUCCUGGACCCAACUGAGCUCUGGAGCGCGGAAGCAACGCGAUUUGGUCUCACAAGUCCUGGGUGGCACUCCAAAAGCUGCGAACCUUGGGGCUCCUCAGUCGUCACCGGAGCCGUUGUCCCCACGCAACUUGUCGCCACGGAACUAUGCGGUGCAUGAAACGAGGCUUCCCUUGAGUGCCCGAGAGCAGAAAGCCAACGAGAUGACGACCUCAGAGAGUCAACUGAACGGCUUCGCAUCGCCCACAGCCAAGUCCCUCAGCCCCCGCAGCGCUGCAAUGAAAUCCUUCUGUGAUGGGGGUAAUGACGGCUUCAGACGCAGCAACUGCCAAUUCACCGACCUCACUGGCAGAGUGGAGACCUCUCCCCGCACACCGCGACGCAGCGAGCUGCAGGACACUGCGGGAGUUUACUGGAUGAAUCCCAGCACGGAGAAGUCGCGCAAGAUCGCCGAACGUCAAGGUAGAGCCAAUGUGGAGACCACGGGAAGUUUGAUCCAUCACCAGGGGGCUGAGGUGGAUGUUGCAAACCUGUCGCCAAGGUCGGCGCCGGAAAGCCCGCAGCAAAGGAAAGUUCGGCAGGAAGAACGCGCCUGCUAUGAUGCCGCGUCCUGGAAGCAAGCCUCCUCAGAACUUGCACGCCGAAGGCGUGAACUUCAAACUAGCAAGUCGAUGGGCGCCCUCCCAGACUCUGAUGGCGCCUUGUCACCCAGCGACCGCAAAAGAGCCCACUUGGCCUCGGGCCAGAUGCGUGAGGGCAUCGGGGACAGGCGACAGAAGCAGGAGGUCCAGCCGCCCAUGGAUCCAGUCCUGAUGUACAUGCACCUCCCAGCCAAUUCACCUAGGGCUCGAAAGGUGAAGGAACAGAGCAGCAGUGUGUGCUUCUUUUGA